AUGUCUCGCAACAGCGCCGAUCCGUCCCGUGACGGCCAGCCUCGUCCUCGUCAGGAGCCAGGAAGUGCCUGCGAAGAAUGCAGACGACGAAAGCUGCGGGGUUUUUCCGAGAUUGGCAUGUUCGACAAGACGCUGACAAGCUUCGCAGCUGCCAUGGAGGAACGCCUCGCCACCGUCAAUGGCGCCACCACGACCGACGGUCAAGCCAUGAACGCCUCCGCUAACAGCAACGAUGUUACGGGAAACCCCAUCGAUAUGAGUCCUCCUCCUACCGUCGACCACCCCUCUGUCUCAAGCUUCUGCAACUGGAUCUGGCACGAUGCCGACUUCUCAUUUGCUUCAAAUCCAGCCACGCCACCCACGUUCCCGGACUUCCCUCAAACCAGUGAGGACAUGGACAAUGUCAUGGCUCUCCUCCCACAAGUGUCCGGUCAAAUGGACUUGAUGGAAGGACUACCAGCCAUGGAUAUGGCCUCCAACUUCAACAAUCCCCUCGUGCCACCAGCCGAUAUGUUGAAUACCACCCCUCUCGAUCAGACUGCAGCCUUGCUGCCCGACUUGUACCAUUCAGACCGUGAUCAAGCGUACUUUGAGAGAGUCCACAAUUGCAUCCCCAUCAUCCACGAGCAAAGUUAUUAUGCCUGGAGCAACAACACCUUGAAGACAGAGCAGCAGGUCUGCCUCCAGAAGAGCAUGUGGGCGCUGGCCACAUCCGCCACAGCCCAGCCUCUCGCCACAGCCAAUGUCCUCUACACCGAAGCGAGGCAGCAGCUAGAGAAGCUGGAGAACAGCUGGAACAGUGAUCAUCUGGCUGAUGUCGUCCAAGCCCAGGCCUGGCUACUCCUGGCCAUUUACGAGUUUGUUCGAGUUGAUUUUCGCCGUGGCUGGAUGAGUGCAGGCCGUGCUUUUCGUCGAAUCCAGUUCAUGAAACUGCAUGAAAUUGAUCGUUCUGACGAUCUCCGAUCCCAGUCAGAAUGGGUGGAAGCUGAGGAGCGACGACGGACGUUUUGGAUGGCCUACUCCUUAGACUGCUUCAUCAGUCUGAGUAAUGGCUCACCCCGGACGUUCAGUGAACAGGCGGACGUUCGCAUGCCCGCUCCGGAGAUCAGUUUCCAGUCCGGACAACCGGUCCUGAUGAACUUCUUGUCCGAUGCCAUGCUCCCCCAGGACAGGGCCGGCCCAAGCAAUAAUUUGACCGACUUCAUUAUCGUCGCCACAAUCUGUGGCUGGGCACACACCCAUCGCCAGCAGUGCACAACCAAGCGAGCCCAAGCGAACCCCAUCCAGGCCUUCUGGGAGCGACAUCGUGCGAUCGAGAGAUUGCUGAUCCCACAGGUGGCCGCCAUGCAGCAGACCCAGUCACAAAUGCGACAUGCCGACCCGAUCUAUCUAUUCACCCGUGUCAUGGUCCACGCCAUGGUCCUCUAUAUGUAUCAUACGAUGAUGGAGUUCAUUCCCAACCACGAUGGGGCUAACCGAGCACUGGUCGACGCCUAUGGACCCUCUCUCUUCACGGCUGUGUGCGAGGUGUCUAACAUCUCCAACACAUUAUCACAGAUGAGCUGCUUCAAGGCACACCCUUUCUGCCCGAUAGCACUCUAUGUCUGCAUUCAGGGCCUCAAAGCUUUCAACGACAACGGCGGGGGCUUUUCAGAACAAUUAAAGCUGGCAUCAAGUGCACUGGACAAUCUACGACGGAUAAACAUAUUUGGCGAUGACUCAAGGAGAGGGUCAGGCGAGAGCACAGGCGAGCCUCCUUUCACGCUGGAUCCAUCGAUGGUCUGA